AGAUCUGCAGAAACAUCACCCACAUCCCGACUGACACUUUUGAUGUUGUGAUUAUUUUUAACUGGCUUUAAAGACAGAAGCAACUGCUUAGCGACUAACUUCAGCAGACUGUGCAACGACAGAAGAGCUUGUAAAUGCUGAAGGGCAUAUAGUUUGACUUUUAUUAAUGUUACUAUCCCAAAGCCUUGUUGGGGAAUAUUUUGUGUCAUUUGUAUGGAGCCAAGUCAACAUCUUUAAAUGUAGAUCUGCAUGCUUUCUUACUUCUUUCUGGUCCAACUACUAAACUAUUCUGCUCUGCAAGCACUAAAAUUGAACAUAGUUUUAAAACAGCUUCAAAUUCCAAAACUUGAGUAGUAUUUUAAAACUGAGCAUAUCUUCUUAAGAUAUAGUCUCUUUGGUCUGUUAGCUCAUCUUAAUGCGUUUGUGUGCUGUCUUAAUGGAGAGCCUUCUUUGUGGUAGUGCUUUUGGGAAUCAAUGCCAUAAUAUGGUUACAGGGUGCUGAUAACAGAAGUGAAGAACUAUGGCAAGAUCUCAGCCCCUAAAAAUGAUGCAAUUUAAGCCUGUAAGUGCACAAACUUUCCCCAAUGAACAUCUCUACCUGCAACUCUCAGGGGAGACAGGAGCGAUAGUUUUAGGCACGAUGCGGUGCAGAGCCAUUAUCAGUGAGGAUGUUUCCCCAAAGCUGUUAUGUUGUGCACAAACGUGAACACACCGCAUGGGCACAGUGAACGUGCUGCACUGUUAAAGAGCAAUUGGCAGCUUUACUUAGAGUUGUCUGGUGAAUAUAACUUCAAAGUUGGGGGAUUUUUGUUGUUUUCUCUAAAGUUUGUUGGGUUUGGAUGGGGUUUGUUGGGUUUUGGUUUGUUGGGGUUGUUUUGUUGUUGCUAACGUUGAUCACUUGCCUAGCUGAAGACAAAUGGUUUAUCAGAGUAAAUACAAAUCAGAGUCUUUGCUGAUGAAAUCUGAGAGAGCAUUCUGCUGGGGGAUGAUCUGGAGAAUGUCCAGAAGGCUUAGAAAACAUGGUCUGUAAGGAAGGAGUUAAGUAACAGGAUUCAUUUAGUUUUGGGGUGGAUGAGAGAAGGUACAUGUGUUCUCAGAUAUGAUAAAGGUGGCUGCAAAUUACAGGGGGAACAUUAUGCUGCAGAGCUACUGGGAUCAGGAUAAGAGGUCACACCAGGGAGACUUUAGUUAGGCACUGGAGGCAUGGGAUUCCUCUGCCUCCAUGUGCAGUCUCCACAACUUGAGAUUUCUAAGGCCAGGUUAGACAGACAUACGUUGUGACUGGUUGAUCUUCCCCCGGGCAGAAAUCUGAGCCCCAAAUAUCUCCAUCCUUGGUGAAGAAGAGUGACACACUCAUGUCAAAUCUGACACUGCUCUUGCACCCUGAAAAAGGGUAUCGUCCUUUGUGUUCCUAUCGCAGGUAACGUACCCUUCUCCCUGUAAGCCAGAGAGAGGAGUAGAGGUUCCCACAUCUCUCCUUUCUGGCUGCGGGAGGAUGAAGGUAUCGCCACUGUCCACCUCCCUUUGAUCCCUCUUGGUGCUUUCUUCCCACGCGUGGUUCCACUGCCUCUGCUGGGGACUGAGCUGUGCUGGGGGAAGCUGGGACCGCAGUAGUGUGUGUUCAGAGUUCUUGCCCAGUAACUUAAAUGGAUCUAAUUUCUGUCUGGCCCUCUAAAUCAGGAACAAGAAGGGUAUUUCUUGAGUGGAGAGUGAGUAGAUUUCCAGAGCCCUUGGACAGUGGCAUUUAAAAGCCCAUGCAAGUUAUUGCAGCACUAGCUGUUGGGACAGUUGUGGACUCCUGUCUGUGGGCAGUGACUUGAUGCUUUUUGACUUUUGGAGGUGAGCACACCAUGGAACAGGUGCAAGAUUGCUUUUUCUUUUUGAACCACAGCACGAAGCUGUCAGAGGCAAGUUUCAGGCCGUGUUUGCAGGUCCUUGGUUAGAAAGGUUUGUUUUGGGUUUUUUUGUUCAGCUUCAGCCGGGCAAAUGGCUUGAAAACAUGUGACAGAUCCCCGGAGCAAUGGAAAACUUAGAUGGUCAGGGAUGUAAGGCCAAGAGGGAUGGGGGUUGUACAGUGCAUGUCCUGCCUGUGUGGAACUGCGAGUGUGCUGCAGCAGGGUCAGGGUUUGCACAGAGCUAGUUACAGCCACCUCCCCUCUGUGGUGGCUCAGGGAUUUAAAACGUUUCAGUUACCACUACCAAGCUAGAAAUUAGUAUGGCUUUUUAAAGAGUAGUCGAUAAAGGCUGAGCAGUGCCUUUGUCAUCUGACAUCUGUGAUUUCAGUAUUGGUGACGUGCAGUCUGGCUGCUGACCCAGACAAGACUUCAGUGCCAGUCAGUCGCUCCUGGGCUUAGUUCACUGAAGCUGUGAUGCCCAUGGAGACUCCUCCUUCUCCACACCCCUGUGUUUCUUAGUGUUCCUAGUAGCUCUGCCAAAUAUUAAAUUUUGACAGGCAUAUGUAUUUAAGUUUAAGUUUAAAACACCGUCAGUUUGAUGGCUGCACAAUUUGUUGUUCACAGAUGGGUUCACAUAGAGCCAGGUAGCUUGUUAGCUGGUGUGCAGGCUGUCUGCCAGCACUGAGCUAGCUACAGCACGAGGCCGGUGGUCAGGUCCUGUGUGAAUACUCCAGCAAAAUCAGGGGGAGCAUCUCCCUUGCACCAGAUACGGCUUGCAGGUCAUGGAGAAGGUUCUCAAGAUGGCUGAAGGCAUCGAUAUUGGGGAAAUGAGGACAUACGAGUUGGUCCCUAGCAGGAAGCUAAAAAGAUACUGCUCUCCCUCUGACAGUCCAGAGCCAGAAGAGGUUCCUGAGCCGCCCAAAAAGAUGGUCCCCAGGUUCCGGGUGCGACCGCGUUUUGAACCCAUACACUUUGUCACCAGUGCUGAGAAGGAUGACAGGAAGGAAGAUUCUCUGGAUAACCAAAUGCAGGAGGUGAACCAGGAGGCAAAUACAAACAGCGUAGCACAGCCAGCUGAAAAUUGUACAAAUUCUUUUGUGAGUGCACGGGAGGUGGAUGCCCAGCUCUCCAACUCAGCUGGGUUUGGCUUUGCAGGCCAGGCAGCAGCAGCCAAGAAGGCUGUGAAUAGUAUGGACUCUACUGUAAGCAGCGUGUUGCAGGUUUCUGUUUCUCCUUCAACUGUCCAGUCUGCAUCAGAGACUUUCCCUCCGUCAGCUAUAAUGCUGAAGCAGAGUUUUAUCGAGAAACUGUCAGCAGCUAUCUGGAAAAAUCUUGCUAACCCAGAUGCAAACACUGGGACUGAUAAAAUUAACUAUACGUAUCUUUUGACACGUUCGAUUCAGGCAUGCAAGACAAAUCCUGAAUAUAUUUAUGUUCCUCUGAAAGAAAUCGCCCCUGCUGACCUCCCCAAGAGCAAGAAGCUCCUAACAGAUGGCUUCGCCUGUGAAGUGCGAUGUCAGAAUGUCUACCUGGCCACCGGUUACGCCGGCAGCAAAAACGGAUCCAGGGAUCGAGCCGCGGAGCUGGCAGUCAAGCUGCUGAAGAAGUCUGUGGAAGUUAGAGUUGUCCAGCGGAAGUUCAAGCACACCUAUCAUGAAGACUUGGUGGUGUGCGAGGCAGGCGUGAGUCGCCCAGAUUUCCCUCCUGCUCUCAAACCUCACGAGGAGUUUGUAGUUGCCAACAGGGACUGCGUCCCGAUGCAGCCUGGUACUGAAUCCAUGAAAGGUUCCACUAAUACCAACAAACACUGGACUAGUUUUAUUCUCACAGAGAAUGCCAGCGACGCAAUAGGAAUACUUAACAAUUCUGCCUCAUAUAACAAAAUGUCCGUUGAAUAUAAAUAUGAAUUAAUGCCCAACCGCUCGUGGCGUUGUCAAGUAUACCUACAAGACCACUGCCUAGCCGAGGGAUUUGGCACUAAAAAGACCAGCAAGCAUGCAGCAGCUGAGGAGGCACUGAAAAUUCUGCAGAAGAUGCAGUCAAAUAUAGCAGCCAUCAAAGUGACCCAGGUUCAGAAAGUGGGCUGCUCGUCGCGAGGCUCUGGGAGGAAGAAGGACCUGAAGGACCUCGUGAUUUAUGAGAACUCAAAUAAUCCGGUGUGUACCCUGAACGACACCGCCCAGUUCAACAAGAUGACAGUGGAGUAUGUCUUUGAAAGGAUGACUGGCAUGCGAUGGAAAUGCAAGGUGCUGCUUGAAGAUGAAUUCAUUGCAGAAGCAGUCGGAGUGAAGAAAUCUGUCAAGCAUGAGGCAGCAGAGGAAGCUGUGAAAAUCCUCAAAAAGACUCAGCCAACUGUUGUUAAUAACCUGAAGAAAGGCACCGUUGAAGACGUCAUCUCCAGAAAUGAGAUUCGGGGUCGAUCAGCAGAAGAGGCUUUCAAACAGAAGAUCAAAGAAGACAACAUCGGGAAUCAAAUUUUACGAAAGAUGGGCUGGACGGGCGGUGGCCUAGGGAAAGAUGGCGAAGGAAUUAGAGAGCCUAUUUCAGUGAAGGAGCAGUUUAAAAGGGAAGGACUUGGGCUUGACGUAGAAAGGGUGAACAAAAUUGCUAAAAGAGAUAUUGAAGAGAUCAUUCGAAACUAUGCACGCUCAGAAAGUCACAUUGACUUGACUUUCUCUAGAGAACUGACCAUGGAUGAGCGGAAGCAGAUACAUCAGAUCGCCCAGAAAUAUGGUCUUAAAAGUAAAUCUCACGGGCAGGGGCACAACAGAUACUUGGUUGUAAGCAGGAAGCGGCGCAAGGAAGAUCUGUUGGACCAGCUGAAGCAGGAAGGCCAGGUUGGACAUUAUGAGCUUAUUAUGCCUCAGGCAAACUGAGGUUAGGUGUCCCAUUUUACCAGAAACUGAGCUUCCUUAGAUACUCGAUUAAAGAAAGAUGCUGCAUUUUUCUUGUUGUGGGUUAUAUUAACGUUAAAGUCUUUUACUUCGUUAAUAUAAUUUCUAAAAUGUUGUUAGACGUUUAGAACUGACCGAGUUCUGUUCAAGUAUAUUAGCACAACCCAAAAGCAGUAGUGCUGUUACUGUAUGUGUCUUUGAUAUUACUUGUUCCUUCACAUUUUAAUAGUUUUGUAAUAGCAAAGCCACAUGUCCAACGAGAAGGAAUUUGACAUCAUUUAUAAUUAUAGUUCCCUUCUUCUUCUUGAGCAAGGAAGGAAAAAAAAAUGCCCUUUUUAAAAAAAAAAAAUAAAAAGCAAAGGAAAUGCAGUCUGGGGGGAUAAACCUGUAUGUAAAGUUGGUAUUAAUGACAAUAAAAAUAAAGUUUUAUUUCUGGAAAAAAACAGGAUUCGUUAUACUUUGUAUGAAAAAAAAAAAGUGUGAAAACUGUGUUUAUUCUUGAGAAAUAUAUAUAACAAGGUCUUGUCUCUCCUGUGUAUGUCUGUAGAGAGAUGUCCUUCACCAGUUUAACAGUACAGUUUUAUUCAUAGAUUUCUACCGUGAGUCUCCUGUACUGAGAAUUCCUGAAUGCACCUUAAUUGUCAGUGUGUCGGACUGAGAUAAUGCCAGUUCAUUUUUACCUCGGAGCACUGCUUGACAUGUGCAAAUACCACAGUGAAGUGUGAAAUAGAAAAACUGGAGGUAAAUGCAGAGCCCACGCUCAAAGAUGCUUGUGUAGCUUGUGGGGACUGUUACAUAACUUAUUUUUUUUACUUUGAAUAUGAACUCUUUAAUCCUGAGCAAAAUCAAAUCUGUGCCUAAUUAAUUCUCUGCUCCAUUAUGUACCUGUGCUUGUGUCUGUCAAGGGCGAUUCACAAGUAAACUUUUCUGGUGUUGCUGUGAUGUGUGGUGUGAGUGGCGUCGCUCCAGGACUGGCACGCGCUGCUGGGAGGCCAGAGUGCCUCGCUCCGUGCUGGGGAAGUGGACUCGGACCCUCACCUGUGCUGUUCUGCCAGCAGUACAGCAGGACAUGGUGCUUUGUGGGCCUUGGAGGAACGCUCGCUUCAUGCUUGGAAACACAGAGGUUAGGAAUUGGCCUUGGAAGAGCCAAGAGAGAGCCAUGCCUAGAGAUGCUGGGGUUUUCUGUCACCUGUAGAAACCAUUGAUGAUUCUUUAGCAUAAAGCCAGUCCUAAUGAAAUACUUUUUUGUUCGUUUUCCUGUUGGCUUGUAUCCCGGUUAUUGCUUUCGUAUUUGCUUCUCCAUCUUUUUUUUUACAUCAUCCUUUAGCUUUUUUCCCCCCACCUCCUGUUCUGUUUUCUUUUUAAAUACUCUCAGUGCUGAGGAGAGGGUGACUGACCUACUGAUGGAGCAGAACAUCCUGGUGAUGUGCAGUUAGAGGCAUUUUUCAUCCAUGGUGCGAGAAGAGGCUGCCCUGGCAGGUAAGACUUGCUCAGGAAGAGAGCGAGCAUUCCCUCCUCUCCUUGCCUGGAUGACUGCAGCACAGCUUCUGCUAGCUUGGUCUUCUGAAAUUAAAAACAUGCUGCUGCUGCCUUUGUAGAGAAAAAA